AUUUUAUUUUUAGGUUAGGCUCGUUGCAUUUAAAUUUCAAACUUUUGAAAUGGUUUUCUUGUUGUGUUUUUAUAAAAUUUAAAUAAAUAUGGCUUCUAACGAUUCAAAGUUAGAAGAUGGAUCCAUUUGUCAUACGAUAUUGGAAAAAAUAAACGCCGAUAGCGAAAAUGUGAUUACCAAGGCCCCUGAUAUAAAUGAUUUCACAAUUGUGAAGCCUAUAAGCCGUGGAGCAUUUGGAAAGGUAUUUUUAGCCCACAAAAAGAAUAACAAAGAACUUAUGUAUGCAAUCAAAGUAAUGAAGAAAUCUGAUAUGAUCAACAAAAAUAUGGUUACACAAGUAGUGACUGAGAGAAAUGCAUUAGCCUUGUCAAGGAGUCCAUUCUGUGUUCACCUUUAUUAUUCCCUUCAAUCAGCAUCAUCUGUUUACUUGGUUAUGGAAUACAUGGUUGGAGGGGACUUAAAGUCUUUGCUCAGUGUUUAUGGAUUUUUAGAAGAAGCCAUGGCUGUUUUUUAUGUUUCUGAAAUAACAUUGGCCUUAGAUUAUUUGCAUAAGCACAAUAUUGUCCAUAGGGACUUAAAGCCUGAUAAUAUAUUAAUAUCUAAAUCAGGCCAUGUUAAGCUCACAGAUUUUGGUUUAUCUAAAAUUGAGAUACAUAGAGAUCUCGAGGUAUCAGACUUUGUAAACAGAACUCCAAGUCUGAAUAUGAGGACACCAGGCCAGCUUUUGUCACUGACAUCUCAUUUGUCAUUUGGUUCUGGGGGAGGAGACAGCACGCACACCUCUGCCAUAUCUACAGACACUUGUGAGAACCUCCUAGAUGAGCUUAAAGAGACUAGUAAAAUUCAAGGAAUUUUUGAUGGGGUAACUUCUUUAGAAAAUUCACAAAUCAUGGAGCAUUCUCAACUUUCUGGCAUACAUCCUUUUAUGAGUGCGGAGAGUAUUAAUUUGGGUGAUGUGCCUUCAAUAAACUCUGGCUCAGAAUCUCAGAGCUCCUUCCACACUUGCGAAAGCUCCAAGAAUAGCACCAACUCCAGGAGCAACAAAUCCACAGAUAUCAGUAGUAAUAAUGGUUCGUCUGCUGGAGAAUCAACAGUGUUAACGGAUUCACAACAUGAUGAGUCUACCUCACCUGUGUGUAGAGGUAAUUCUUUGAAAAGAAUACCCAGUUUUAGGGCUAAAAAGAGAAAGAGAAUUCUAGAUGUUGAUGGGGACACACCAACUGGCGUCACAAGUCUGGCUGACUCCAAACAGAAUCACAGUGGACUCACACAAGAAAUAAUGGCGAUAGAGCUGAGUCAGAAUACUCCUAAGCGUAUUGCAUUACAUGCUACGCCAGAAAGACGUAAAAAUCCUAUAAAAGGUGUCUUGAAAAAGAGAUGGGCAUCGAUAGACGAUAGUCAUCAUUUUAAUGUGGGAGUCAUAUUUUCUACUCCUGUAUCUAAUAGUAAAUCACCUGGUGCUAAAAAGAGGUUGAAAGAGACUCGUUUUAACCUCCCCAAAGAUGACCAAAAGCCAGAUAUUAUAAGUAACAUAAAGGAAAAGAGCAUAGUUUUUAGUAAACAUAUCUCCACCAGUUUGGAAAUAUUUCCAGCAAGAAGAAUGAGUAAGAGUGAAAAAUCUCCAACAGACUUGUGCAAAACUCCCUUAGCUGCCGCACAUACACCAUACAGAACACCUAAAAGUGUAAGACGAGGCAACCAAAUCUCCGAUCAAGUAUUAUUAGGCACUCCUGAUUAUUUGGCGCCUGAAUUAUUAUUAAAGAAAGGUCAAGGCCCGUCCGUUGAUUGGUGGGCACUAGGUGUCUGCUUAUACGAGUUUAUGACUGGCGUCCCUCCUUUUAAUGAUGAAACUCCUCAAGCUGUCUUCAAAAACAUUCUGUCUAGAAAUAUAGAAUGGCCGGAAGGCGACGAAGCGUUGUCUCAAGAGGCCGUGGGUGCCAUAGAAGCGCUGCUUACUAUGGAACCGCGAGAACGCCCCGCAGCCACGCAGGUGAAGACUAUGCCGUUGUUCAGGACCGUGGACUGGGAGAAUCAGUUAAGCGCAGAACCACCCUUCGUGCCCACGCCCGAUGAUCUGCACGAUACUGGCUACUUUCAAGCUCGCAACAUAUUGCAGCAGCUGCAAGUCUCCAACUUCGAUAUGUAAAGUACUCAUAUAUUCCUAUAUCCAGUAUAAUAAAUUAAAUGUAGUGUAGGUACAAUAUUAAUAUUUCGUGUAAGUGGACAGUUAUAAACACGGUUAUAUUCAAAUGAUUGAACUAUACUGCUGUGUACUGUAUUUAUACUAUGCAUAAGACUGAAUAACCAACUCGAUGAUGUAAUGAUAUAUUUUAAUGUAUAUAAACUUAUAAAAUUUAUAUUCGGAGCGUAUAAAUAAAUAAAAUGAAAAUGCUA